AUGGAGAUCACUGUGGAUGGCUGUAAGCUCAAUAUAAACCUGAGCCAGAGCUAUGUCAAUCUCAAUAACCCCUCCUGCCAGAGGCUGAGAGCCAGAGAUGGGCAACCUUCUCCUGAUGGCUUCCACCCUAAUGGAAAGAAUCUGGAUACCAACAGAUGGACCAAUCCUAUGUCUACCUCUAUGUUCAGAACCUGCAAGGAAAUCAAGCAGAAGGUCAUUGGGGCACGAGAUGGCCUCUAUUUCCUCCACACGGAGAAUGGUGUCAUCUACCAGACCUUCUGUGACAUGACCACAGCAGGUGGUGGCUGGUCCCUGGUGGCCAGUGUGCAUGAGAACAACAUGGGCGGGAAGUGCACAGUGGGCGAUCGCUGGUCCAGUCAGCAAGGCAACAGAAACGACUCCCCAGAGGGGGAUGGCAACUGGGCCAACUACAACACCUUUGGGUCUGCAGAGGGGGCCACAAGUGAUGACUACAAGAACCCUGGCUACUUCGACAUCCAGGCUGAGAACCUGGGUAUCUGGCAUGUGCCCAACAAGAGCCCUCUGAAAAAUUGGAAGGAGAGCUCCCUGCUGAGGUACCGCACCUUCAAUGGCUUCCUGCAGCACCUGGGCCAUAAUCUGUUUGGCCUGUACCAGGACAGUGUUCCUGUGAGUGCCAAUGCUGCCAUCCUUACCCAGGGACUUCUUUUGUUCCUUGUAGAAGUACCCAGUGAAAUAUGGAGCCGGGAAGUGUUGGACUGA